AACCACCCUCAUACCUGGAAAAAGCUGUAUCUUGCUCAUCAUUGGCCAGUGACUGUAUGUAAGAUGAGCACUAAUGAUUGUCAAGACCCUCCAAAGUACUGGACAAUCCACGGACUGUGGCCUGACAAAACUGAAGAGUGUAAUAGGACGUGGCAUUUCAAUGUUACUGAGAUUAAGGAUCUUAUGGUAGACAUGAGACACUACUGGCCUGAUGUGCUUCAUUCGUCUCUGAAUCGCACCCAGUUCUGGAAGCAUGAGUGGGAGAAACAUGGCACUUGUGCAGCCAUGCUUCAGAUCCUUAAUUCUCAGAAGAAAUACUUUGGUAAAGCCUUAGAACUCUACAAGCAUGUUGAUCUUAACAGUUGUCUCCUGAAAGCUGGAAUAAAGCCAAGCAGUUCAUAUUACCAGAUGACUGCCAUAAAGGAAGCUCUUACAAGAUUUUAUGGUGUAACACCAAAGAUCCAAUGUCUUCCUCCAGAAGAGGGUGAAAAAGCACAAACAAUUGGUCAGAUUGAAUUCUGCUUCACCAAAGAACUGCAGCUGAGAAACUGCACAGCGCUGAAGGAUGAAUCCGACCCAACACAAGCUGACUUGAAGCUUGGAACUGAGUUGUCUGUGUGCAGUGAUAUUUUCCCAACCUAUUAUCCUUCACAGGUCCAAGAUCACAUAUGAAGCCAUAAGAAUUUGAAAAACUUUUUAACCGGCUAUGAAAACCAAACCCUUAAACAUUACACCUUGGAAAGCAGUCUUGACUUGGCAAUAUUACAAAGCCCUGUCCAUAUCACAGGCACGCUGUGAAGAUUUCUGCUUGAAGACACACUUCUGCCAUUAAAGGAGAAUGGUCCACAUUGUAAUAUCAGUUACACAGGCUGAAGUAUUGAAUUGUGUCUGUGAUAUUGGUGGGAUUAGAAUCUGAUUUACAGCUUUGCCUGGACUCUUUGGCUUGCUUAUGGUUUGAAUCAGUGUUCAAAAGAGAACUGUGACUUCUUAGUUUCACUUGCAGUUAAGUCUGCCACUUCAGCCACUUUUGGGUUUUGCCAGUGAGUCAGGAAAAUUAAGUCAUUCUUUGUUUCGAAAGGAUGCUUGUCUCUCUGAGAUGAGAUGGCAGUUUCUUGAGAAGAAAAUGGUGUAAACUAGAAGAACUUAAGAUACCUGUCUGGAGGUCCUUUCCCAGACAUAAUACACAGUGCCUUGUGUAAAUUUGUUCUCCAGAAGUGCUGAACAGAGGCCACAUCCUCUUGAGGCAUUAAACCUUUCCUCACUCAGAGAUCAUGGCGGACCAAAGACGGCAACUUUUGCAUAACUUCUUAGUGAAUGAAAUAACAUUCAUCAGGUUUUGGCACUUCUGCCUGAAGGACCCCAGGAAGACUGUAUUUGUAGCCUUGCCUAUUCUUUGAUUGGUUUUUGCUACAGUAGCUCCAUACUGUCUUGAAGAACAACCAAUCUUAGCACUUACUUGCUAGUAUAGGAAUAUGUUAGGCCCUAGAAAUAUGUUGUUAUUAAUUUCUCAUUGUAUUUGAACAUUUAGCAUUACCACACAAGUGUGAGUGCCUGCACUUUCAUUUUAAAAUUAGAUUGUCGCAUAAUCACUUUGUUCCAAAAAC